GCUGUCUUUUGUUCUCUGUUGUUUCUCUCGCAAGAUGAUCCCACGCAGCUUUAAUAAUGUUGAUGCCCGGGGUGUGGGGAAGGACAGUCGAUGAAUGAUAGUGGGUAUGUGUUUUCAAUUUACUGCAUUGCUGGUGUGUUCAGGAUUACUGUCAAGCUGACAAAUGAAGCCGUUACCAAUAACGCGAAAUUCCUUGUGUGUCCCAUACCACUUGUGUGAUUCUGAUUCACGCGCCGCUGCAAAAAUUCCCACAGUCGUGAAAGCAGCAGAGAUGAUGCUGCCACAGAUCCGUAUUACCUCGCUAGCAGGUUGUAAGCUAACUGAAUAGAGGCAGCAAAGUGCGAGCAGAAGGUGAUGUCCCACCCUUUUUAACACAGGCUGAGCACUCCGUGGUUUUCAUCGACUCUUCACAGGCAGGUCUAACUUCCGAACUUUGGCGACAUGACGACGCGGUCGGAGAGAGAAAAAGCCCAGAAACUGAAUGAGCAGCAUCAGGCCAUUCUGUCCAAACUGCUGAGAGAAGAGGAUAACAAGUACUGUGCUGACUGUGAAGCUAAAGGGCCUCGGUGGGCGUCAUGGAACCUCGGGGUGUUCAUGUGCAUCCGCUGUGCCGGCAUCCACCGCAACCUGGGUGUCCACAUCUCCAGAGUCAAAUCUGUCAAUUUGGAUCAGUGGACACCUGAGCAGAUCCAGAGUAUGGUGGACAUGGGCAACACCAGGGCCAGACAGCUGUAUGAAGCCCACCUACCGGAGAACUUCAGGCGACCACAGACGGACCAAGCAGUGGAAGUCUUUAUCCGGGACAAGUAUGAGAGGAAAAAGUACUACAACAAAGAGGCUUCGGCCACAGCUCAACCGAAGUCGUCUGAAGCGACUCCUCCCACCACUUCACCGUCCUCGCAGACUGACAAGAGCAGACAGGAGAAGGAGCGGGAGAAGAAGAAAGAGAAGGAUGGUGACAAAGUAGAGAGACACAACAACUCAAAGGCAGAGUACAGAGGCAGUCCUAAGAACGGCACAGAGUCAGCCGUGGACCUGCUGGGUCUGGAUGCUCCAGAGGGGGGUGAGAAGGGCUCAGGGGGUGCUGCACCAAUUGGUGAUGAACUGGAUAUCUUUGGACCAAUGGUCUCCAACCCACUCCCCUCAUCCAACAACACACAGCAGGCUCAGGGAGCAAUAACGGCGAGCUGCUACAGUGAAGACAACAGCUGGGAGUGAUGGAAUGCAAGCGAACGCCAUCACUGAAUUUGUUGUUUUCUUCUUUAAGAUGGUAUCUAAUUAAUGGCGAUGAAAGACACUAAAUAAUUCAAAUGUAGAAUGACACAAAAAUGUAUAACACUACUUUUUACCUGUUGUUUGAAUCUGUGACUGACCACAACCAUAUUGGUCAAAGAUAUGCCUGAUAGGGAAUAAUAAAG